GCUAAAUUAGAGGCAGAGCAAAACCCUAAAAGCUACCAUCCAUAUUCUUCCCCAUUUAUCUCCCAAAAUUAGAAAUCCCGCCGAAUAAAUAUUUCAUUGUUCGUUCUUGGGAAUCCUGUUUUCGGCAUUUGUUAUUUCCUUCCCUUUCUUUUUCCAUAUAUUGGAUGCAUUUCGUUUUCCGUUCUUUUGCUUUCAGGAAAUUGAAAACCAGAAAAACGGGCUCUACUUUGAAGCAGGGUUCUUCAGAAGUAUCUGGUUAGCGUGUCUUUUGUUGAUGUGUUUUUGCCUUUCUGCUUGCUCUAAUGGUGGGUUUUGUGUGUUGAAAUUAGGGUUUCAAAAUUUCGCAUCUUUCCCUUAAGGAAGUGUGGGCUUGUUGCGCAUUUCGAAGGAAGAUUCCGGGAAUAUAAUAUUUUAAUCUGGGUUUGAAGGUUUUUUCUGGAAAGGAUGUCAUCUCAAUAUCCAAUACUUGAUAAUCGACCAAUUGAUCAAUGGAAGGUCACAGAGUUGAAAGAAGAGCUGAAGAGGCGGAGAUUGACAAUCUCAGGCUUGAAAGCAGAUUUGGUAAAACGAUUGGAUGAUUCGCUUCGCAUUGAGAGGGAAUUAGCUGAAAAGGAUGUGGAUAACGGUCUCAAUCAUGACCCCAAACCAGUAGUUGAGGUUAAAUAUAAAGAAACAACUGACACAGUUGAAAGCACCGUGUAUCAUGGUGGUAACAAGACUGAGACAGAGAGUAAGGCUAAAGCUCAAGUUGACAUUAAUGAAAGUGCUGCUACUGCCUUGGGUCAAGUGGACAAUCAAGGAGAUGAAUUGGGUAAAAGCAAUGCUGCUAUGGUGGAACAAGAGCCUGUUAUUCGUACCACUAUUCUAGAGACUAAGGUGAAAGUCACUGAGACUGUGGUUUCUGAAGUAGCAUUGAGCACACAGGUUAUGCAGAACACUGGAAACCAGGGAGAUCUUAAGAGUUCAAAGCCCCAGCUGGAAAAUGAGCAUCCAAAGCUCCAGCUGGUGAACGAGGAUCCAAAGCCACAGCUGGAGAAAGAGGAUACAAAGACCCAGCUGGAGAGUGAGGGUUCAAAGCCCCAGCAGGAGCGUGAGGGUUUGAAGCCAUCACACAGUGAUGACAUGCGCGACUCUCCUCCAAACAGUCAGGUAUCUGAGGUCAGCCCUACUUUAGGGUUUCAAGUAAAAUCUGAUUCUAUUUCUACUGAUUCUGUGUCAAUUAAUGAAAAGAUUGAACUAAAGGAUAAUAUAAUUGCUGAUAAUGUCAAAUUAGAACUAGAUAUUGUUAAGCCGGAGAUGGUGGAACCAUCAUCCAGCAAUGUUGUCCCAGUUAGUGGUGAAGCACAUCCUAUGGAUGUGGAGGAGCCACUUGAGAAGAAAACAUCUGUUGAAGAGGGAGAUGACAAGAAUACUGCAAAUGCUGAUUUGGCUUACUCAGAAAAGUUAAAUUUAGACAGAAGUUCUGGUGAUGACUCUAUGGAGGAGGAUGUGCUUGAGACUAAACAAGUUGAUUCAAAGUGUAACACAGAUGAAGUGGGAAAUAAGAUUGAUAAAAAUGUGGGGGAAGAAGGUUGUGUAGAUGUUGUGGGAGAUGGUUUGUCUGCAGAAAAAAGGGAAAUCUUUGUUGAGAAUAGGAGUCACCCAGUUGUACCUGCUGAGAAAAGAAAGCUUCAAGAUCAAGAAGCUGCUGGAAACAAUGAACCUUCUAAAAGACGCAGAUGGAACUCUGAAAAUAUAAAAGUUCCAGAGCUGCAAGGACAAAACCAUACACCCACUACCACACCUAAAGAUGCAUUUCAGCCUCCUGCUUUAAAACGUAACUUCUCCAGAUCUGAUUCAACGGCUAGUGAUGAUGCACCAAAAGAAAGAGUUGUUCCACCAUCUCAGAAACCUCCAACCACUUCCCUGAGGAUUGAUCGUUUUCUGCGUCCAUUUACCUUGAAAGCUGUGCAGGAGCUUUUAGGUAAAACUGGAACUGUAACCAGUUUCUGGAUGGACCAUAUCAAGACACAUUGUUAUGUUACAUAUUCCUCCGUGGAAGAAGCCAUAGAGACACGUAAUGCUGUUUAUAACCUACAAUGGCCACCCAAUGGCGGACGACUUUUAGUUGCUGAGUUUGUUGAACCUCAGGAAGUAAAAACUCGUUUGGAGGCACCCCCUCAAACUCCAACCACACCUGGGGCCUCCAAAACUGCUGCUCCAACUCAAUCCACUAUGCAGCUCCAGCCCCAGCCCCAGCCCUCCCCUCGUCAGCAGGUUUCCAGGCAGCAGCUUCCACCACCUUCUGCUCUCCCACCUCCACCAUCCUUGUCUAACCCACCACCAGUGAGAGAACGACUCCCUCUUCCACCACCACCUCCAGAGAAAUUAGAUCCACCUAUUGUAACUCUGGAUGACCUGUUUCGGAAAACUAAAGCAACUCCUCGGAUCUACUACUUGCCUUUGUCAGAAGAACAGGUUGCAGCAAAACUUGCAGCUCGUGGCAAAAAUACCAAGCAGUAGGGAUCAGACUACAUCUUCGCUGCUUGCCCUUGAGAUUUUCUUCUGGGCUGGUCAGUAUGUUAGUAUUGAUAAGAAAAAGGGUCACAUAAUUGCAUCUUUGCAGGUCUGCAGGUGUUGCUUGUUGGAAAGAGUUUUUGCGGCCAAGCAAUGGGAUCUGGUUCGAUCAUCAAUUUGGGUUUUUCGCGGACUGCAUUUGGUUGAGUUUUAAGCUUCAUUUAAUCUUAGAACCUCUCAAACUGAGAUCUGUCUUAGUGAGUGUAUGGAUUCACCUAUGGAUAUAUUCUGUUUUGCUAUUGAACCAAAGUUCUAGCUUACAUAAGUUUUCGAUUUGCAUAAAUUGGUUCAGAAAUG